CUCAAUUUCCGGCCCAAGCGGAGUCGAUCGUGUUUACACUAUUUAGCCAGUUAGCUAGAGUAAUCUGGCAAACACGAAACCCACGCCGUGCUAACUCGUCACCCAACCAACCCACCAAAGUUUAAUCUUCCCUCCGCGACCGAGGCUAUUGUUUCCCGGCCGCCACCCCGCCGCUCUCAUUAUGUCGAGCGGCGCGGCCCUCCAUGGCCAGAUUGGCUCCAUCAUCACUGCCCUGUGCAACGCCGCCGCGGCCCAGAUCACCAAAGUGGUAGAGGAAGGCUUAGUGGUAUUGCGCCUGGAGGUGACCCAACGGGAACACGAGAUCCGUCGGCUGAGGAGCAGCGUGGAGGUGCUACACGGCGAGCUAAGAGCUGCCCAUCGCACGGCUGCCAGGUUGCAGGGAGCGCAGCAGCAGCAGCAGCAGCAGCUGCAGCUCCAGCUGCAGCAACAGCAACCACAGCAUCCCCGAGGAGGCGCUGAAAUUGAGAGGCAUGAAAACCAUCAAAGUCACUUUCCAAAAGGCGAGGUGGUGAUAAAGCGUGAACCUACGGGACAGGUGGACUGCGGUCAACCUGAACCACUGCCCGAACGGCAACGUGAAAACCAGACUAAUGUCCUGGCGGACGCUCGCCAUGGUGCAUUGGCAAGCCGCGGGCUGCACCGCCAACUUUAUAGCAGCAUGCGGCGGCGGAUGGUCAACCGAUUGAUGUUUAAGCGGGGCUUUACUUGCUCCUUCUGCGGCAAAUGUUUUGAGAAUUCCGGGAACUUGGAGCGCCACAAGAGGGUCCACACAGGAGAAAAGCCAUACCGCUGUGAUGUUUGCGGGAGACGCUUCAACCAGAAGUGCAGCCUCAAGGAGCAUACUAAGAUCCAUCAGAGAUGUGUUCAGUCGUCACCUGCUGACAUCCAACGCUCCCCAGAGGAACAUCCGAGCAUCGACACAUGUCCUCCUGUGGAGGGAGACACCACGUCCUUGGCAGAGCUUGUUUCUGUUAACUGUCCGGAAUCAUCCUGCACGCCGACUGUCAAGUCAGAACCCUUGGAGGAAUGUGUAACACAACCUGAAAUUGAAACGACAGAAAAGCAGAAGUCCCCCAGUUUGCAUGACGUGACAAAUGAUCAGUCAGAACGUAACGGUGCAACGGUGCCGGCGACUCAGGUCAUCCCAGUUCUCGCUGAGGCGUCUUGCAGCAACUUCACCUUUCCUGGAAAGCCUUAUGUAGAAAACAACUUGAUGUCAUCUCUGCUGGCAUACCCGCGCAGUGGGGGGGAACCUUCUGCCUGCCCGCAAAACAGGACCGGCUCGCUUUACCCGGGAGCGCGGCCCAAGAAGUGUUUCUUCUGCUCUUACUGCGGGAAGAUGUUUGUGCGUGGCGGCCACCUGGAGCGCCACCUGCGCAUCCACACGGGCGAGAAGCCCUAUGGAUGCCAUAUCUGCGGCCGAUGCUUCAACCAGAAAUCCAGCCUCAAGUGCCACAUGAAGACACACAGGAACAACAAAAAUGGGGAGGAGCAAGGGCCACAUCCCAUCAUGUGUCCAAUCCCCGAUACCUGCAUGCAGGAGCCGGCCACCAAUCCCACCUUGGAACCGGCAGCUUUGGGCGAUCCACUGAACGUUCGACCAUAUGUCGACGCGGGAGAGAGCGACGACUGUUUAAAUGCGGGCGAGUGGCAGGAUUACGCCGCCAAUGGUGAGCUACGCUUCCUGGAAGGCAAGCUGGACAUGCAGGAUCCCUUCUCACAGGUGGGGAUGGUGGCGCACGACGACAGAAACAUCCUGGACUUUGGUUUGCCGCCGUCGGACUCUACUCAGAACUCCUACAUCUGCUCUGCCUGCGGGCAAAGUUUUGACUCGUUCCCUCUAUUCGAGAGGCACCAGUGCAAAAGUGAGGCGGUGUUCAAGUGCGAGGUCUGCGGGCAGGGAUUCGACCAUGCCGACAAACUCCAGCUGCAUAUAAAAGUCCACCAGUGCGUGGCUUUUCAAACGCAAUUGACGUCAAUCAUGGAGGUUUUGGUAAAGGCGGCGGUGGCCGAGAUCAGCAAACUGGUUGAUGACAAUAGUGCUUUCCUGCACCUGGAAAUCUCGCGGAAGCAGAGCGAGAACGAGAUAUUGAAGAGGAAACUGCUCGCCGCGGAGAAUAAAAACACGCAGAUGCAGCGACUGUUCGAAAACUUGGUGGUGGACAGAUCAAAUGAUGGAAGAAACUCUUCACAUCCAACAGGAGAGGUCAAGUGUCCAGAAAUAGAAGACCCCAAUGUUUCGUUCAGUAUCAAGGAAGAGAGUCCGGAUGAAGUUCUGUGGAUCAGUGACCCGGCCAGCUCGCUACAGUACCAGAACGUUUCAGAUAGGUUCGAAGAGGACCACCAGAAAAAUGCCUCAGACUGUGGGGACUCGUUCGCGUCAGGUGAGCACGGAGACGAGGUAAGCGGCCUCCACACACUAGUCAAGACGGAGAAGGAUGAGACUGCAUCAGGUGGAUUCGCUCGGGAUGGGUGCCCGCUGGGCACCACCAAGCAAAAUCAACUGGCCGACUUGUCGCUGGACGAGCGAGACCACCAGCUGUGGUCAUCCAUCAUCAACGGGGACGACAUCGAGACUUCUUUCCCGGACUUUUCCAGUGUGGUGGACGAGUACUCGGACAGCUUCUCUGAGCAACCGCGCAAGUCACAACGGUCCUGUAACAGUGCUUACGAGGACGAGUACCCCAAGGACCCACCGUCCUCCACCUUUCCGCUCGGCUCACAUUCAGACACGCGUAAGGAGCAGGUCUACCCACAGCGACGUCCCCAAGUUGGGGAACCAUCACUGUCAGACGGCCCUGCGGCUGCCACCUUGCGGGGUGCUUUCUCCCUCUCUGAGACUGACCGCCGACCUUUGCAGCGGGGCUUUGCCUGCGGGCAGUGCGGUAAGACCUUCUCGCGACUACAUCAGUUUAAGCUGCAUCAGCAGAGCCACAAGCGCAAACGGGCCUUCUGGUGUGCCGUGUGUGGCAAAGGCUUCCAGUGCUCGUCGCACCUCAGCAUCCACCACCGCACGCACACUGGCGAGAAGCCGUACAGCUGCCUACAAUGCGGAAAGCGCUUCACGCAACAGAGCAGCCUACGCGUGCACCAGCGCACACACAGUGGCGAGCGGCCGUACAAUUGUGCCGAGUGUGGAAAGACCUUUAUCCUCAUGCACCACCUCAAGCGACACUGCGUCAUUCAUACGUACAGCUGAGGGGUUUUACUUUGCUGAGUGUGGACGAUGUACAGCUUCUUGUGUGACUAAGUGAGAAGGUUUGCUUAGCUUUUCAGGCCUGGAAUGGAAUAGACUGGACCAACUUUGGAGUUAUGUAUUUGUGACACAUGCGAAAUGACUCAUUGUACACUGGCACUGGAAGCUAUCCUAAGCAGAAACCUGCAUGACUCGUCUGAGUUUUUCCAAAGGAAUUUUAUCUUUGACGUCGCCAUUGAUUAAAUUAUUCUUGUCGAAAGAAUUUUUGAUGUGUCAUUAUGACGAAACACCAGCCUUUUUAAAUAACAGAAAUUUCUGAGUUGUAAUCGCACUCUGGCUGUACACAAUGUUUUUGGAACGCCAAAAAAAAAAUAAGGCAGUGAGUUUCGUUUGAGUUUUUCAAAUAAGGGUUUCAUGACUAUUUUCAGUCAGGUUACAUAUUUUGAUUUGGGUUUAAUUAGAUUAUUGACUGGCUCAGUAGAGUAGUCGUUCCCCAACCCAGAGGUUGUGGGUUCGAUUCCUCACCCUGAUGUCCUCAUCUAAGUAUCCUUGUUUCAGUCUCUACUACGCCAAUAUUUUUACAGGAUAUUAUUUUUAUCCAA